GUGUGAAAGAAAUUCUGAAGGCCGGGUGGACUUUUCUCUGGUUGCCCCCUACAGCCGCACCAGCUGUGUUGCAUCCCAGCGGCGGUAACUCCAUUUGAGAACUGAGGGUUGGUGCCUGGGGACCUGAUUCACUCUGUAAAAAGUGUUGUUUGUGUCCAGCCAUCGUCCAGAGGGGACGCGUGUUGCCGCCUCCUGCCCUUCUUGACACCACGAACCUGGCCGACCGCAGAACGCUCCAAGGCCGGGCGAAGAUGGCCUCGGUUCCUGUGUAUUGCCUCUGCCGGCUGCCUUAUGAUGUGACCCGCUUCAUGAUCGAGUGUGACAUGUGCCAGGACUGGUUUCAUGGCAGUUGCGUUGGUGUUGAAGAAGAGAAGGCUGCUGACAUUGACCUCUACCACUGCCCCAACUGUGAAGUCUUACAUGGACCCUCCAUUAUGAAAAAGCGCCGUGGAUCUUCAAAAGGACAUGAUAUACACAAGGGGAAACCAGUGAAGACUGGGAGCCCCACUUUCAUCCGAGAGCUCCGGAGUAGGACUUUUGACAGCUCUGAUGAAGUGAUUCUGAAGCCCACUGGAAGUCAGCUAACUGUGGAAUUCCUGGAAGAGAAUAGCUUCAGUGUACCCAUCCUGGUUUUGAAGAAGGAUGGGUUGGGGAUGACGCUGCCCUCACCAUCAUUCACUGUUAGGGAUGUGGAACACUAUGUUGGUUCUGACAAAGAGAUUGAUGUGAUAGAUGUGACCCGCCAGGCUGACUGCAAGAUGAAGCUUGGUGAUUUUGUGAAAUACUAUUACAGUGGGAAGAGGGAGAAAGUCCUCAAUGUCAUUAGUUUGGAAUUCUCUGAUACCAGGCUUUCUAACCUUGUGGAAACACCAAAAAUUGUUCGGAAGCUGUCAUGGGUUGAGAACUUGUGGCCAGAGGAGUGUGUCUUUGAGAGACCCAAUGUACAGAAGUACUGCCUCAUGAGUGUGCGGGAUAGCUAUACAGACUUUCACAUUGACUUUGGCGGCACCUCGGUCUGGUACCACGUACUCAAGGGUGAGAAGAUCUUCUAUCUGAUUCGCCCAACAAAUGCCAAUCUGACUCUCUUUGAGUGCUGGAGCAGCUCCUCUAAUCAGAAUGAGAUGUUCUUUGGGGACCAGGUGGACAAGUGCUACAAGUGUUCCGUGAAGCAAGGACAGACACUUUUUAUUCCUACAGGUCGUCCCUGGGCCCCUCUGGGAGGGUUUGAGGAGGGCAAAAAGCAGAAAGGAGCUUGUGGCCCCACAGCUAACCCCUUCCCAUAG